AUGGCCUCUUCUCAGCUCUUCGUUAUCCUUGCCAUCCUAGCCAUUUUCGCCCCUUCAAUCCUGGCUACAGAUUACGUCGUUGGUGACGAGAAAGGUUGGACUACUAACUUCGAUUACCAGGCUUGGGCUCAGGGAAAGAUGUUCGUUGUUGGCGACAACCUUGUAUUCAAUUACCCCAAAGGAGUCCACAACGUGUACAAAGUGAACGGCACCGGGUUUCAACAGUGUGCAGCUCCUGUCGGCGCUGCGCCAUUAACAAGUGGUAAUGAUGUGAUCAACCUUGCAACCCCAGGAAGAAAAUGGUACAUUUGUGGUGUUGCUAAGCAUUGUGCUGAUGGGGGACAGAAGCUCGUCAUCACUGUCAUGCCGUCGACUGCUCCAAGCCCUAGCCCCGUUGCUCCUGGCCCAAGCUCCCUCUCUGCAUCAUCCACUGCUCCUAGCCCUAGCCCCACCGCAGGAUGCAGCUAG